GCGGAGCCGGAGCCGAGCGGAGCCGGUGCUGGGGCGGCUCAUUGCGGCGCGGCGCGGCGGCAGCAUGGCCACCACCGUGCCCUGCACCCGUUUCACCGACGAGUACCAGCUCUACGAGGAGAUCGGCAAGGGAGCUUUCUCGGUCGUCCGGCGCUGCGUCAAGCUCUGCACUGGCCAUGAGUACGCUGCUAAGAUCAUCAACACCAAAAAGCUCUCAGCCAGAGGUAGGACCCCCAGGAGCCCUGGGAUGCACCAAGACCCCCCUAGCACGCGAGGGGGUCACUCCCAGACAUCCUUGGUACCUGUGGUAACUCCUGGUGCCUAUGGCACCUCUGACACCUCUGAUACCCCUGGUGCCCACGACUGCUGUGGUGCCCAUGACACCUGUGACAGUUUGUGACCCCAGUGGUUCUGGUGACACCGGGUGCUGGUGAGGGGGUGAAUGCUCCAGGGGGUGGGGUCUGGCCCUGCCUAUCCCCAUUAUCCCCCCUGCUGCCUCCCACGGGGCCCCUCAGAACUUGGUCUGUUCCUGAGGGGUGUC